AUGGGAAAUAUAUCAUCAUCUUGUGCUUCUGGUCGUGUGAGUGCCACUUUACAUAAGUAUGACCAAUUUGUGGCUAGUUCAGAUCCUAUUACUUUGGUUUCCAAAACUUCGGAGUUGGAUACAUAUUUAGGAGAAAGUGUUUUGCCAAGAGCUAGAAAUUUUGACAUCCUAAGUUGGUGGAAGACAAAUGGAGUUAAAUAUCCUAACUUACUAAAAAUGGCAAGAGAUAUUUUAGUCAUCCCUGUUUCAACAGUUGCAUCUGAGUCUGCUUUUAGUGAUAGUGGAAGAUUGGUCAGUCCUCAUCGUAGUAGGCUUCAUCCAGAUACUUUGGAGGCAUUGAUGUGUGCUCGUCGUUGGUUGUGGAAUGAUAUGAAAAGUACUUCAAAUGUCAGUGAUUUAUCAAAUUGUCCAACCAUGCUUGACGAGGAAGAAGAAGAUGACCAUGAUGAGCAUAUUGCUGACCACUCAGACAUUGCCCAAUAG